CCCUCCCCCCCCCGCGUUUUUCUCCCCUUCGUCGUUCUCCCUUCCCUCCUUUCCCUCCUUUCCCUGGGCUCCUCGCAUCAUGAACCGCAUCUUCGGAAGCAGCAGCAGCGCGGCCAAGGCUCCGCCCCCUUCGGCCGCCGACACUGUCAAUCGGCUUGAGUCUCGGGCCGAUGUUAUUCAGGUGAAGAUCGACAAGAUUGACGCUGAGCUGAAGACCAUCCAGACGCGUCUGUCCAAGAUGACCGAGGGCUCGGCCAAGCAACAACUCAAAAACAAGGCUAUCAUGCUGAUUCGCCAGAAGCGCGGAUACGAGCAGCAGAAGAACUCCAUGCUCCAGACGGCCUUCAGCGUGGACCAGGUUCAGAUGACCACCGAGAACCUUCGCCUCACCAUCGACACGGCCCAGACCAUGAAGCAGACUGCCAAGGACAUGAAGCGUGAGUACAAGCGCCUCGAUAUCAACAAGAUCGAGGCCAUCCAGGACGACCUGCAGGACAUGAUGGACCAGGCCAACGAGAUCCAAGAGAUCAUGGGCCGUGGGUAUGAUGUGCCGGAUUACAUCGAUGAGGCCGAUCUCGAAUCGGAGCUUGCCGGCCUUGGGGAUACCCUCUUCGAGGACGCCGACGGCCUGCCCUCCUACCUGACCGAGAGCCUCCCGGCGCCCGCUUCCGGCACGAUUGGGCUAGACAACGCCACCAAGGAGGGCCAGGCGGCGCAGCCGGCCACCGGGGAGCGUUUGCCCCAGCUGGUGUGAUCAUACACACGUGACACACCAUCCAAUACUACGACUUCAGCACACAA